CAGGAGUCAUCGGGCGAGAAGAAGGAGUAUUUGUUCAAAGUUCUAGUCAUUGGUGAUCUUGGUGUUGGAAAGACUAGUAUUAUAAAACGUUAUGUACAUCAGUUCUUCUCUGUACACUACAGAGCUACUAUAUCCUUUGCUAGAUUUAAAUCAACCGGAAAAUUUGCCGAGCACAUCUUAUUUAAUCAUUCGCCUACGUAUGUCACGCACUUACAGGAUACCUCAUAUUGGUGUGACACACUGACAUACGUCAUGAAAGUAACAAUAGUUAUUUCUGAUGAAAGAUAUGGUUUUGUUUGUCUGUUAUGUAAAUUUUACACAGAGAAUGUGUCUGUCUGCCUUUUGUUUUUGUUUGUUUUUGUCAGUGUCUUUUGACAUUGUGAAAUACUCUCCAUUGCUUUAUUUCUUGUUUACAUUUUUCUUAACUUUACAUACAUUGGAGUGGACUUCGCAUUAAAGGUUAUAAACUGGGAUCCAGAUACAUUGAUCCGUUUACAGCUAUGGGAUAUUGCAGGUAACAUGUACUGUAUUGCUGAAAAUAUUUUGUAUCUGAUGUCACGGAAGCGAUGUUGGUUGACUAGAACAAACAUGUUUCUCUCCACAAGGAUCUAUAAUCUUUUUCACGCAAAUUCUGGGUGCAUUCCUUGGGGGUGAUCUGGUUAAGGAUCAGUUAUCUAAGAUCACUUGAAUGGUAUCAUGUCAAAGUCUUUGCCCAGAGGAUGAUAGUGUGGCAAAGUCUUUGCCCAGAGCACUGUGGAUUCACGAUCAGUUCCUUUGAUGCAUUAUGGUCCAAUACAAGUAUUCUCACUGAUCCUGAUCUGGAUCAACCCAAAGGAAAUGUGUUGUAUUGUUAACCGAUAUGGUCACCUUGUCAAUAAUUUAAUUCAAUAAAAACUGUUUAAAAAAAAUAAAAGAAUGGCUGUAGCCAGAAACACCAUUAAGAGAUCGUAGAGAGGAGAAGUGUGACAUCACUUUAACAUCAUGGCAGCAAAAUUUCUGGAUCACAACAACGGGGAACUUAAGCAACAACGAUAGCAACAGCAAUGAGAAUGUCAAAAAAGCAGUAGGUUUGAUAAGCAAAACAACAACUUUGCUCGUGAACAGGCUUUUUAUACAUUUCUUAGCUGUUGUUGCACGACUGUGACAUGAAUCUCCCUAAUUUCAUGCGCCCGCUUUAUGGAGUAGGUGAAUACAGCGCAAAAAUUUUCUCUUCUUAACUUAGAUACAGUCCUGUAAGAUUCAACCCAAGAAAAUUUCUGCACCAUUUGACAAAGUGAAAGAAAUAUUAUUGAAUAAGAUCAAUGAAAUUUGAAACAGUGCAAAUUCACUUUUUAAGCAACGUUUUCAGUUUCUUGUCAUCCAGACAUUUUGCCAUGGCAACAUUCGCCUCUCUGUUCGGGGCUGUCAUUGAGAUUUCAAGCUGCCAGGUAAAUACAACAAGUAGGUGGUGAAUUAAGGAGCUAGGGAUUUCUUUUGGUUCUAUUUUUCUUCUAAUUUCCUGUGGAAGUAGCGAGGGGUUAUAUUCAUGGAAGCCAAAGGAAGUCCCCAACACCCGGCCCUUAAUGACAGCCCUGCUAUUACAAUUGAUAUAGAAGAAUGCUUUCCUAAUACUACUGGGGUGAGAUUGUAAGAGACAACCACUGAAUUAUAAAUAUGAAUAAGUAUACAAAACAGAACAUUUUCGUAACCGUUUCGCAACCACUAAAUGCUUUGGUAGCUUUUAAAGGUCAUUUUACAGACCAAACUGACAGAUUUUCCUACCCUUUGUUUACUUCAUCUAGAGAAUUCCCUACCCUUUCAUAUACUGAAGUCUGAAAAAGGUGGGUGGAGCCUCCCUGUGUAGGACAUUAUAGGGAGUGCCCCCCCCUGCCUCCCCCCAGACAAACAAUGGAGUGAUGAAAGUUCAUAUUAAGGACAAUAUUUUAAUUAAUGUGGUCAGCUAUAAUUCGAUCCAGUCUUUGAGUAGUGAAUUAGUAAUAUUAGCGAGCCCAUGACUAGAAAGGCAAAAACAUGAUUGAGCCCUGUUGUUGGGGUCAAAAUUAAUAUUACUAUUUUUUUUUUCUCUCUGACAGGUCAAGAACGAUUUGGUAACAUGACACGGGUAGGUCUUUUCGUCCUUCAUCACAUUUAUGCAGCUCGAGUGAUGUAUAUGUUGUGGUUCAAUGGGCUCUUUCCAGCUAGUCAUUCACAUGGUACAAAACCGCCAUGCUAGAGAGCAAAAGUCGCACUAGGACAAGACAAACAAAAGAAAUUACCAUUUAAAUUUAUGUAUGUCUUUUGUUUGUCUUGUUCCAGUGCGGCUUUUGCUCUCCAGCGUGGCGGUUUUGACAGCUAGCUGCAAAGGGCCUAUUCUAUCCUGGUUUGAAUUUUACUUUUUUUUGUUUUAAACUCAUUAUCAUACAUUACCAUACCCAAAAAGAAAGGAAAAUAAAAUUAAACUAAGGAUAAAAAGUAUUGAACCACAAUAAACAGAUACAUACACUGUUGUAAGAUAAAAUGUAAUUUGCGAAAUUUUAGACAUUUUUACUAACAAGAAAAUAUUUUUAAAGUGAAGAGAAGAUCAUCCAAGUCAAAGUAGCAAGUUGUGCAGUUGUGAAAUCAUGAAAGCCUGCAAAAAUUCAGGCUUGCCAGAAUUCGAACCGUGAUGACCUCUGCAAUACCGGUGCAGCACUCUAACCAACUGAGCUAUUUUCGUGAGCAUUUUCUAAUAUACCCACACUGUUAUGGUCCAUAUAAGCCAUGUUAUGAUCUGUUCAAACCGUAUGGAUUGCAAAACUUACAUAUGGUCCAUAAAAACCUGGUUAUGAUCCACAAACUGCAUCUUAUUUCUGGGACUUAGGAUAUUUUCAUACCUUGUUUGUGGAUCUGUACAGAUCGUACAGGUUGCACACUGUGCCCUAAAUAAUGUAAUAAUAUUAUGAGAUGCAUGCUUCUUAUGUACUCAGAAACUGUGCUAUUCUUCAUAUGUUUUUUGAUUUUAAUGUAUUAGCGAAAACAUGUAGGAACCAUAAUUUUAAGAUAAGACCUAAGAAGACACGUACAAAUUACUUUAAAUUUUCAUUUUUCAAUCGCUACAUAACAGACUGGAAUGGUAUUCCAUCGAACAUUAUGCACGCACCUUCAUUAAGCAGUUUUAAGUGCUAUCUAUCGGAUCAUUUGUGUCAAUUUUAAAUCAAAUGUGUAACUCAUGAGUGACAAGUAUGCAAUUUAAUUAGGUUAGUUUUGGGCCGUAUUUAAGAGUGUGUCCAUGAGAAGACUAGGCAGAACCAGGCAGGGGGUGAUAAUGCUCAAAUCACCGAUUUCGCUCAAACUCGGCACAAAUGUUAGGUAUCAGGAGUUAACUUAUGUGACAGAAUGUCAGGUCAAAAUAUUAAAUUCCCUGGGAGAUCCGGGCUCCCCUUGUAAAAAUCGCCAUUUUGCCCGCUUUAUGCAUAAUUAAUUAGCUAUCUUUACGAUGCCAGUGCAACAAACAGAAAAGCCACCCUGAACUUAAAUGCACUGAGAGAUAAUCUGAGUUCAUAAGACUUUAAGCACGUUAAACUGUUUAAAGUCGCCGAUUCAAUUUCCUCCCUCUUAGCCCCCUUAGGUUGGGUCAUCAUUUUCAAGUUUUGAGUAAGUCGUAAAAUUAGGGUAUUUUAUUCCCAAAUAUCUCUGAUGAGCAACAGCUUAUCUUAAUAACUUUUACAUGAGUAGUUAAAGCCAUCACUUAAGUUAAGAAAAAGAUCAUAAAAAGUUUGGGCAAUUCACUUUCUUCCAUGUGUUGACAUAAACUGUUCAUGUGACUGAACGACUUUUGCAUAUUUUAUCAAAAUUUAGGCCCUCACAAUAUUCGUGUGUUUGCCUUUGAAUGAGGAGAAAUCGAAAAAAAAAACUCAUCAGACAAUGAUUUAACAUUAAUAAGGGUAGAAUGGUUGAAAUUGUUGUGCAAGAAACUCUAACGAUGAAUUUUGAUAGCUAUAUACGCGAUCUUUUCAAGUAAAAACAACAUACAAAGAUUUAAUUCACAGUUUUACUUACUUUAACAAUUUCGCCCUAAAAACAAUAUAAACGGUCAAUGAAAUCCAUAUACGUAUCUCUUAGAUGUCUCAACUGCUAGUUUGUGCACGCUUUGAUUUGUUCCCCAUGCCACCUUCGAUGUCCAGUUAAGCGUAGUUCAGCGUCGUGACUCGCUGUACGACUAAAAUUCCUUAGCCAUCAGUUUACGCACCAAAAUCCAAAUCAAGUUGUUUAUGGAGAAAACAAUACGAAAAGUAGAAAGCCGAUUUUUAACCCAUUGAAAGAAUUAUUUCUGCCACUGUUGUAGCUCAAUUCACAUGUUACAAACCCGGGUUACAAACGUCCGCCAUCUUUGACAUUAACUGGAGCCCGCAUUUUUAAGCAGCGGUUGCCACCAUACGGAAACAUCGUAUCGGGAGUCAGGAGCCAGGAGCCAGGAGCCAGGAGCGAGAGUCCAGUGAACAAAAUUCAGUCGAAAAUAUGACUUUCCGACAUUCUUUGAGAUUAUUUUAUUGUUAUUAUAUGUUGAUAAAUAAUUCAGAAUUCCAAAUCUAUUGGCAACUUUAUUCAGACCAUGAUUAUAAAUGAUCCCAUGUCUUCUCAAACUCGAAGAUAGAAGUCGCUUUGUCUUCGUGUUUUGGAAAGAACUAUUUUUUAGUUGCACAUGAAAUAGCAGCGAAGUUAAGCCGGAUGUUGGUGCAGACCAGUUCAAAGAGACAAAUAAAGCGUGAGACACGUCCAGAUUGGCUUACGACAAGAAUUCCAUUUUUUUUUUCAUACUGGAGUCCCUUCUCCCCGGGCGAGUGGCCAAAUUGCGUACAAAUGCCUACUCUGCUGGCACCAGAUUUGACUGUUUUUUAUCUAGCACGGUCUUUUGGGGGUCUUAUAAAGCCUAACUGUGGCAGUAAUGUUCCCAAGUAGAAUUCAAAAUACACCACACUUUCACAUUGAGUUAGAUAUUUUUCUCAAACAACCGCUUCCAUAUGUUUAACACCCUUCCCAAAUUGUAAUACAGUGGAAGCUCUCGUAAGAGGACACCCUCGGGACGAGAAAAAAGUGUCCUUAACUGGAUCUGGCCGCUUACAAGAAUGAAUCUCAUACGGUAACUCUGAAACGGAUAUAUAAGAAUGAUUCAUAACAGUGACAAACAGCGAUAUGACUGUGGACAUGAUAUGAAAAAAACAACAACAACAACAUUCAGAGGCGGGUAAGAUUUUCUUUCGAGUGUCUGCUUACGAGAGCUUUAAAUCAAAGCUAACAUCUGAUUCGCCGGUAAACCCUUUAAGUGUCCGCGGCCGCCUACGGGAAUGUAAAAAUCCAGAGUUUGAGUGGGAGUUGAAACGGGAUUUUGUGGUGGCGGUCGUAAUUAGAACUAUUCGCUAUAUACGAGUGUCCGUUAAGAGAACUUAAUCUACUGUAUGAAUCCGCAAAUGACAGCUUAAUUGAGAAGUGAAUAUAGUGUAUUAGUCUGUGUUCAAGAAACUGUUCUUUAACACCUUCCUUGAAUAGCUAAAGAAGUCUUGUCGACUUUUUUUGCAGUGUAUUAGUGCCUCCUUUUGGGUCUUUUGUAUUCCUCAGAAGUUUUUCCUCAACACUUUUAUAAACGGUUAUUAUUAUAUUUUUGUAGUCAAUAAUAUACCCAGAUACAGAUACCAACCUGUAUAGUUGUAAGACUACGAGGAUUAAAAUACAAGUAAGUAAGUCAGUAUACCCAGUGGCUAGUCAUUAAUUGUCUAAAAAUUGCACGGCACGGUCUGACUACAAAAAGGGCUAUUAUGAACGAUUAUUAUCAUGGUAAUUAAUGUCAACACCGAAUAAACUCAAAAUUUUAAGUAACACGACUUUCACAACCUAUUUUCAACACACCAGUUAUAACAGGAUAUUGGCGCGUACAAACAAUAGAUAGCGUAUUCCGCAUUCCGGAGUCCGGUAGUCCGGCGUCGCAGAUUCCAUCGUUUAGGCAGAGUCCAAAGUCAAAGAUGGUGGGUGUUCGAGCAGGUGGUUGUUUUCCGUAGAUAUAGACGGAUUGUCAGUGAUCCUUCUUGUCCUGUGAGAAUGAUCUUGUUCAUUCUGACUACAACUUAUUUCAAAGACUUCGAAUGUUCGGUGAAAAGCCGACACUGUUUCAAGAUGUUUCGAUUCCAUUACCCCGUCACGAAGUAACGCCACAGAGGACCGCACGAAACUGGAGCAGCAAAUCUGGACUAAAACAUCUGAGAGACGUGUAUGUAACAUUUAUUCACUAUCUUUCAUCCUUGUUGGGUCUUGUUUCACCUACAAGUUGGACCGAUCGAAGUUUUGAACUAAAUCUUUUGCUCCUUGUGUUUGCUCAAGCGUUCCAUAAAAUAUCCAUCCAAACGUCCAUAAAAAAAAACAGAAAACAUGCCUCAGGUGACUCUUUCUAACAAUUCCGCUAUUAGUAUCGAUAAUGAGGCAUCUGACUUGUGACUUCUCGCCAACUUUGUGCUAUUUUUGUUUAAAAAAACGAAAGUUACGUUUCUUCGUAUUUUGGUCAAAUGACAAAUAAGGGUCAAGUCAGAUGUACAUAAUACGUCAUUAUUGAUAAAGUAUGAGAUUGCCCAAAUAUUUUAUGAUUGAUUUGAUAACCUUAAAGAUGUCUUUCAAAGAAUAUGUGAGAAUUAAGUACAUAGGUUGUUGCUCAUGGGAGAUGUUAGCCACUAAAAUACCUUAAAUUUAGGGUUUCGUCAAAACAGUGAGAAUAUGUCUUUACUUUAGGCUAAAUAAUAGCAAGAGAUGGAAUUAGAGAGUAAAAAUAAAUUACUGAGCAUUAAGUCUGAUAAACAUAGAAGACGAUAAAGUUGAUUAGAUUUGAAGUUGUCUUUUCUUCUUGUUGAACAGCCAAACCAAAGUUAGCUAAUUAAUUAUGCAAAAAUGAGUAGAUUUUUGUCGUUUUUAGGGGGGGUCCCUGUAAAUCCCAGGGAAUUCAGUAUUGCGACCUUAUUUUUUGUCGAGGUUAAUAACUCACCGCACCCAUCAAUUGUGCCAAGUUUGAGCGAAAUCCGUGAUUUGAGCAUUAUCACCCCCUGCCUGGUUCUCUCAUGGACACACUCUUAAAUUUUGCUUCUUAAUUUUAGUGUCAAUUUUAGCGUGCAAUUUAAUUAGGUUAGUUUUGGGCUGCAUUUAACUUUUACUUCUUAUUUUUUAGUAUGUUUAAUAUUGGAGAAUAUUCUUUGUAUGGGAAUUUAGUUUCCCCCAAUUAUUCUCCAGUCAUGCACUUUUUGUAUUUUCUGUAGUAUUAGUUAUUUACUUGUAUUAGCACAACAAAGUAUUAUUAAAUUUAAACGUAAACUAUUAGCAAUGCUGACAGCUUGUACUGAACGUACAAUUGGUCAAAUGCUCUUAACGGUCCAUAACAAUGCAGCAGUAUUGGACUGAUGACUGUUUCUGUCCUGCUCUUUCUUUUGUGUAACAUGACAAAUGAUUUUGGAAAAGUGUCCCAUUAAUUGUUGAGGAAAAUAAAAAAUAUUGUUGUCGAAGAGUAAUAUCUAACAUGUCUGUUGUCUUUUUAAUGGAUUUGUUGUGGUUCAAUUUUAUCCUUGGUUUAAAUUUUGUUUUCUUUUGUUUAAAAAUCAUCAUCAUUCAUUACCAUAUGCAAAAACAAAACAAAAGAAAUUUAAGCCAAGGAUGAAACUGAACUACUACAGAUUCAUGAUGCAGCUAUAAUCCAUAAUAUGACCCUUUCCUGACACAUUUGGGUGUUUUGUUCUAUACACAGAAUGUUAAGUGACCGUGCUUUAAUACAUGUAAUUCUUGCUUUUGGUUUGUAAGCCUUUUGUUUCAUUCAAAAAAUGAUUUUCAUUAAUAAAAUGCAGGUUCAUAGUCCAAAAGCUCAAAAGUUUAUCUGAUUUAAUUUGCAUGCUUAUAGGUGAAAAAUAAAAAGAGUUGUUAAAAAGAGAUUCUUCCUAUUAUAGUUGAUGAUCGAUGGGCUGGCACAAUCUAAUAAUUUUUGAUGAUCGAUUAUGAGAUCUCAGGUGAUCCUCAACACUACUAUUUACAAGUAUAACUGUAGAGUUGAACUUUGGACGAGGCAGAACAAACCAGGCUGGGUCUGAAUGUGACCUCUAUAAUACAUGUCUGACGAACUGACUCCUUGCCCAUCCUGUCUCCCCAACCCACGUGUCAUGGCACAGUAUCAGAUCUUGGCUCAUAUUAAUUUUUUCAUGGUAAACAUUCUCAGGUUUAUUACAAGGAAGCAGUUGGAGCUUUCAUCGUGUUUGAUGUCACCAGAGCCUCCACAUUUGAAGCGGUACAAAAAUGGAAAAAUGAUUUGGACAAUAAAGUUAUGCUACCCAAUGGAGUUCCUAUUCCAGUUGUACUCUUAGCAAAUAAGGUUUGUCUUCAGAUUGUAUUUUUGGUUGUUAAUAGGAAAUCUACAAUCACAUGACUUUUGUCGGGCAUAUACUUACCGAGUAGCAUCAUUUGUGCCCAAGUGGAGCGAGGGUGCAACUGAUGCUACAAGGGACACAAAAAAACUAGUUCCCCGACAAAAGUCAUGUGAUUAUAUUAUCAUUAUUAUCAAUACACAAGGCCAAAUCAUACGGGGUGUUUUAGAGAGGGCAGUUUGUUAUUUGGCCGCGUGUAGUGAUAAUAAUAGUUAUUAACAAUGGUGUUGCUUAGUAGAGAUGGGUGCCUGCAAUGUCGAGGGGCUUCCACUUUGGGCAAAGCCAGCCCAUAGGCAGAGUUAUGCCCCCAUGGCUGAUAAACCUAUGCCCUUCAGCCAUUGGCCCCCACGUCAAUGGAACCAGGCACCUGUCACACUGAUUUAUCAGUGGAAAAUAAAGUGGGGGGGAGAGAUGGGGUAAAAGCACGAUCCAAAGGCUAAACAAAGAAAACGGCUGCCAGGAAACACCGUACUAAGCACAUUGAGUUGAUGCAAGCAAGGUUGACUGCACUUGAGCCACUGCAUUGACUGCUGACAUUGAAAACACAUGAUGGUGCUCCUUGUUGUUACCUUUGUUAAAUUUCAUCUAACUUCAUAAGUUAUUAAUGGUAGAAUAGUUUAUGCUUAACUGUGACAGAGGAACCAAUUAAAAACCAGUUUGGAGUAUUGAAAAGGAGGGCCAUGUUGCCAUUGGUAUUUUACUAUUGUAUCUGCAAUUUACUUGUCGCUGUUGCAGUUUUAGCCCAUCAUAUAUCAUAUAUCAUACUGUUCCUUGCUACUGGUACAUAUUUUAUGUUAGUAAAAUCCAACUAGUGGUCUAUUAUCAAUGCUGCGUUCUGAUUGGUUGAGCUACUACUAGGCUAGUUAUAGCCCACUAGUAGCAAAAAGCACGGGCUUUUUGGCGGCGAAAAAGGAGUAAAGUCUUGCUUUAACUAGCUAAAAUUUCUUUAUUCUCGAUAUUUUUGACCAACUAGUUGGAUUUUACUUUUUACCUUCGGCCUCAUAGGCUAUUGACUCAGAGCCCAUUCAGGCUCGAGGAAUAAUUGUUAAUUAUCUUAUCUGGUACAUUAUAAACUACAUGUACAAUACAGUUUGAUAAUUAAAGAGCUAAAUUGUAAUUAUUUUAAAAAAUCCGUAAGUUAUUAAGUAAUUUCCAAUAUGUUAAUAAAUUAAAAAGUUAAGUCAUCUUUAAAAUGAGGCGAUUUAAAUAGGAAUUCUUGACCUGAUCCAGGCCUCUUUAACCAGUUUUUUUUUUGUGUCUGUUAGUGUGACCAAGCAAAGGAAGGUUUAGUAAAUAAUGCAACCCAGAUGGAUGAGUACUGUAAUGACAGGGGAUUUCUCAAAUGGUUUGAGACAUCAGCUAAAGAAGAUAUCAACAUAAAUGAAGCAGCAAAAUAUCUUGUCUCAAAGGUGGGUUCUAAGACAAACUGA